UCCAAAGCCCUUGAUCCUGUAUGUCAUUAAAUUAGGAAAGAAAUCACCCCUUGUGAUACUGAGGCACCAAGCCGUUCAGGGAUAUAGGUGGUCUAGUAAGCCAUGAAGAUGAUUACUGGGGUUAGGGGAAGGAAGUAGGCAUUUCUGCUUCUAUUCUCUGCAUCUUUAGCCCAUGAGAAGAUGAAACUGAGCAGAGGUGGGUGUCUGACCCCAGCCCAGGCCACUUCCUGGCCAUUACCAAGAUAUGCUGUCUGCACUCCACUUCUCUUCCCACCUGAACUCAAGCUCCCUAUCCUGGGGCCCUGGGUGAUGAUUGGGUGAGUGAAGAUUUUCAAAAUGGCUCAGGGAACCAGUGAUCAAAGUUCGGUGGGUAUUGCUGACCCAGAAGAGACUACUCCAAAUAUGAUCGUCUACAGAAAAAUUGAAGACAUCGUUACAAAGAUGCAGGAUGACAAGACGGGCGGGGUACCCAUCAGGACAGUAAAGAGUUUUCUGUCCAAAAUCCCCAGUGUAGUCACAGGUACCGACAUCGUGCAGUGGUUUAUGAAGAAUCUCGCCAUUGAGGAUCCAGGUGAAGCAAUACACUUGGGAAGUCUUGUAGCUGCCCAGGGUUACAUCUUCCCCAUAUCGGACCAUGUCCUUACCCUGAAGGAUGAUGGCACCUUUUAUCGAUUCCAAGCUCCAUACUUCUGGCCCUCCAACUGCUGGGAACCUGAAAACACUGACUAUGCCAUUUAUCUGUGUAAGAGGACAAUGCAAAAUAAAGCAAGAUUGGAAUUGGCAGAUUAUGAAGCUGAAAACCUAGCAAGACUCCAGAGGGCCUUUGCAAGGAAGUGGGAAUUCAUCUUUAUGCAAGCGGAAGCCCAAGUGAAGAUUGAUCGGAAAAAAGAUAAAACAGAAAGAAAAAUUUGGGAUAGUCAGGAACGAGCCUUCUGGGAUGUCCACAGGCCAGUGCCAGGUUGUGUGAAUACAACAGAAAUGGAUAUCAGAAAAUGUCGUAGGAUGAAGAAUCCCCAGAAGGUCAAAAAGUCAGUGUAUGGAGUCACAGAAGAGUCUCAGUCCCAGAGUCCUGUGCAUAUACCUGCCCAGCCAAUCAGGAAAACUACAAAAGAGGACAUCCGGAAACAGAUAACAUUUUUGACUACACAGAUAGACAGACAUCGUUUAAAGAUGUCCAAAGUAGCUGAAAGCUUAAUUGCUUACACGGAACAGUACGUGGAAUAUGAUCCUUUGAUAACUCCAGCAGAACCUUCUAAUCCGUGGAUCAGUGAUGACAUCACUUUAUGGGACAUAGAGAUGAGCAAAGAGCCCAGCCAACAACGUGUAAAGAGAUGGGGAUUCUCCAUUGAUGAGGUACUAAAGGACCAAGUCGGGCGAGACCAGUUCCUUCGUUUUCUGGAGUCGGAAUUCAGUUCAGAAAACCUCAGGUUUUGGUUGGCUGUCCAAGAUCUCAAGAAACAACCUUUACAGGAUGUGGCAACUCGGGUGGAAGAAAUUUGGCAAGAGUUUCUGGCUCCUGGAGCCCAAAGUUCAAUCAACCUGGAUUCUCACAGCUAUGAGAAAACAAGUCAAAAUGUCAAAGACCCAGGGCGAUACACAUACGAGGAUGCGCAGGAGCACAUUUAUAAGCUGAUGAAGAGUGACAGCUAUACCCGGUUCCUUCGGUCUAAUGCUUACCAGGACUUACUACAGGCAAAGAAGAAGCCAGAAAAUGAGCAAGGUCGUAGAACUUCCUUAGAAAAGUUCACUCGCAGUGUGUGCUGCUGGCGCAGAAUAAGACUGGCUACCGCGUUUCACCCCAGAGGUGGCUACCUUCCAGCAGCGGGGAAAGUCACUGGUGGGCAAGCGUCUCACGGGCCUGAUGCAGUCCUCCUGACAGUUCCACCAGCUGAGACGGGAGCCGCUGACCACGUGGGCGGGCGGCGCCGCUCCACAUCGGCUGAGAGACUAACCUUAAGGGGGCGAUCUGGUUACUGUGAAAGAAAAAGAGUGAGGGGAAGAAGGGAGGGUGAGGAAAGGAGAACCUGCCUAGGACUGGAUGGGGUGGAAAAUGGAGGGGAGAAAAAGCAAUCAGCGGCAAAGCUGCAGAGAUGCCACUACAUAUAGUUUACAUCAACAUUUUCUUACCUGUAUAGCUUUGUUAUGACACUCCGUUCUCCACGAGGUCCUUGUUUCUUCUCACCUGAAUGAUGGGAAGAACACCUCACUGUGAACAGAGGGUUUUGCAGGGCCAAAGGUUUCCUGCUAUGAAUUAUUACUUGCUGUCAUUAUCAUUAUUGUUGUUAUUGCUAUUAUUAUUAUUAUUAUUAUUAUUAUUACUACUACUACUACUACUGUGCAAAAUAUCCUCCCUUAUGGGAAAAGAGAGCAAGGAGAGCUGGACUGAGCACAAUCAGUAUUAAAUACCAUUCUCCCUUUUCUCUGGCACACCCACAGCUGUAAUAGAUACAGCCUGCUACUGUCACAACCAUCCCCCUGCCUCCAUCCAUCCCCACUUUGCAGCAACCUAGGCACAAGAGAAUAGUCAGCAGAAGCCGCUUCCACUUAAGAAGUAAGAUUCAUUUCUUCUGCACUCUGAAACCACUCUAGGGGUUCCUUUCCCCCACCCUCUUAAGCCCUUUACUCCCUCUCAGACAGGCUUAUAGAAAAUGCUCUGAUUGUCUUUCUCCAUAGUUGUCUCCUGAAUGGGGGAAAUCAAAGCAUCAAUGAUUCCUUCUCCAGAGAAAGCAUCAGUGCAUAAAGACGAGCCAUAGAUUUUUUAUUUAAGGCUGAAAAGAAGACUUUUGUCAUGUUAUCAUUGGCUUCUUACACUUGUUCCAAAGUAUGUUCCCUCCUACUUUAUUCAAAGUGAGGUCUGGAGGGAACUCUGGGAGUGUUGGAGUUGUCCGGGUUUCACCAACCCAAGAGAAAGAUGAAAGGAGGGGAAGAUUCCCAGUCUUGGGGAGUCAAUUGGAUAUUUGACUGGCCAACAAUUCCCCCUCUCAAGUAGGGUUGGGUAUGGUCAAAUUUCUCAGUAAGGAAUCAGUCAUGCCCAGAAACAGCUCUAGUGGGAAAAGAAUUGGCAGUACCCACAUAGCACACCUUAGUACUGUGCUGCACACAUAAGGGAUUGGCGAAAAUGAUACAAACAAAAUAAUGCCAAUUAUUUGAUGGGAAAACCAAACUAACAUGGACAAACUGGGUGUAGCUUUCUUAGCAAUUCCCAUCCCCCGUGGAUGUCUGUCAUAAGCUACCAUUUGCCAGAAUGACACUGCUCCCUAGUGACCCCCUGGUUAAGACUAUUGAUAAAUCUAUAGCCCAGUAAGACCAUGCUUUUCCAAGUCAGCUGUUCAGCCAUCUCUCUUUGAUUUAUUUUCAGCUACAUCCCUUUAGAUAUUAUAAACAAAAAGCAAUAGAAAUAAAAUAAUUAUCAUUGGUGA